AUGGAGAUGUGGGACUAUAAAUAGGAGGGAUGAAGCCAGCAGAGAUCAGAUUCUCUCUACAGAGACCUCUACAGCACAGAGAUCCAGACAUGGCACCUACAAUCACUGCAGCAAUGACCAAUUCUCAGGAGCAUCUGACUCUGACCCACAAGCUCAGAAAGCCUCUGGUGGAGAAGUUACGCAGAGAGCGAAUCAACAGCAGCAUUGAGCAGCUCAAGUCUCUCCUGAGUCCAGAGUUCCUCAAACAGCAGCCAGACUCCAAGCUGGAGAAAGCAGACAUCCUGGAGAUGACAGUUUGUGUCCUGAGACGGCUGCAGCAGCAGAAUCAACAGCAGAGAAGACUGCUGAACCACAUCAACAAGCUGCAGUCUUCCUCUGAUAACAACCUGAGAGAGGCUGACUUCUCUCUUCUGAGCUCCACAGUCCAGACCAGCAUCACCAAAGAGAAGAGUCCAGUCAACAGCGCCGUCUGGAGGCCGUGGUAGACACC